AUGGAAAGCUCAAAUAAAAAGUGUUUUGACAUAUUCAACGUUUAUAAAAGAAGGCAAUCAAAUACAAAUGAAGUUGUUCAACCCAGCAUUGAACGGAAUAUUGAAAUCACUCAGAAUACCUCAAAAGACUCGCACAACGCACACGAUAUUCACAUUUCAGAUGUUGGAGUGAGAUCGUCUCGUAUAAGUGUCACCAUAUCGCCCAUAUCUAAUAAUUUUCCAGGAGAAUCCAAUAGCGAUAUUUCCGAUCUUGGAACUUUGGAAACCGGUCCUAUUAGACCAAUAUUGGCAGCUUAUCCUAAAACUAAGUUUGGUGUUCAAAAUCGUGCAUUUUCUUCAAAUUAUUAUAAAGAUUAUAAUUGGUUAGAAUAUAGCAUCAAGCUUGACGCUUUAUUUUGCUUCGCUUGCCGUACCUUUGCUGUAGAUUCUGGCCAUACUGAAGAUACGUUUAAAACUUUAGCUGGAUCUAGAGAUCAAAAAACUAAAAAGACCAGACUGCAAGCGCAUGCUCUUACAGAACAUCAUUUAACUGCAAUGAUGAAAUGGGAUUGUUAUGUGAAUUCUAAAAAAUCUGGUAUAUCUGUGAUAUCACAACUUUCUGCAGCUAACCAAAAAGAAAUAUUGAGUAAUCGAGAAUAUAUUAAAUGCCUUAUUGAUAUAGUUCUAUACCACAGUCGACAAGGAUUAGCAUUAAGAGCUCAUAGAGAGGAUGUAAAUUCAACAAACAGAGGAAAUUUUAAAGAAAUGUGUUCUUUAUUUGCCAAACACAAUCCAGACUUUGGUAAAGUUUAUAAUUUUCAAAAAAAAAAUUAUUCAAGUUGGGCCAUACAAAAUGAAUUAAUAGCUAUUUGUGCUUCAAAUUUGAAAAAUAAUAUAAUUAAAGAAAUUAGAGAAUGUGGCAUGUUUAGUAUACAAUGUGACGAAGCUAGAUGUCAUAAACAAGAGCAGUUGGCAAUUUGUAUAAGAUAUGCAAAUGGUUUGAAAGUAGUUGAAAGGUUUAUUGAAUUUCAUGAUGUUUCUAAAAACCAGAAUGCCAAUUCAUUGGUUGAUGUUUUACUAAACUUCAUUAACUCCUCAAAUUUAAAUGACAUCCCUAUUAUUGGCCAAGCUUAUGAUGGAGCCUCAGUUAUGUCUGGGUCAGUUGGAGGUGUCCAGGCAAAAUUUAGGCAAGCUCACCCUUUAGCGUCCCAAGCAAUUUAUGUGCACUGCAUGGCACAUAAGCUUAAUUUGGUUAUUGUUGAUAUGUGCAGUCAUGUAAAAGAUGCCAGAAACUUGUUUAAUGGUUUGGAGGCUUUAUAUGUGCAUUUCUCACAUCCAUCAAAAGACUUCAAACUAACCGAAAUGCAACAGAAACUUGGUUUAAAAAUCAACAAACUAACACAGCUUAGUGAAACCAGAUGGGUAUGUCGAUAUAAAAGUUGCAAAGCUCUUAUUACAAAUUAUCAAGCUAUUCUAAAAUCUUUGGACGAGGAAAUAAAUGAACAAAAAUCUAAAGACGUUGCCCAUGCAAUUGGUGUACGUGCAACAAUUGUACAUGUUAAAUUUAUUGUUUAUUUGUUCAUCUUGCAUGAAGUCUUACUAUCAAUAAAUAUUUUAAGUGUUCAGCUUCAGGCAAAGGGGACAACUCUAGGCAAAUCUGGUAAUUUAGUGAAAGGAGUAAUUCGUACCCUCGAAAAUAAUCGGUCAGAUGAACAUUUCUCUGAACUGUGGGCUGAAAUUAAAAUAUUCUGUUCAGAAAAUGAUAUUUCAAUUGAUAACUCACAUCAAGGUCCAAAGAGGCGUAAAAAAGAACCAAGUCGUUUAAAAGAGUAUGCUGUUACAGUAACGACUGCAGCAGACUCUGAGGAUUGUUCCAACAAAAAUGAUUCUGAUGCAGAGAAUUAUUGGAAAUUAAACGCAUUUUUUGUUAUUAUGGACACAAUUAUUUCAAACAUGAAAAGUAGAUUUUCUACAGAAAGUCUACAAAUUGCUACAUCAGCUGAUUGUUUAAUGCAAUUUGAUUUUAAUGGUAGUUUGCAUCUGAUUGAUCAUUAUAAAGAUUUAUUUGAAAUUAAUAAAUGUGAUAUUAAAAAUGAAAUGGCUGUCUUUAAAAAUUCAUACUGCAAUAAUGAAAAAACAGAUAAUUUUAGUCUCAUUCAAGAAAAUUUAUCUAAAAAAGUAUUCCCAAAUUUUUAUAGGAUGGUUCAAGUUGCUAAUAUAUUACCAAUUUCUUCUGCAACAUCAGAACGUUCAUUUUCUGCCAUGAGGCGAAUAAAUACGUACUUAAGAUCUACAAUGGAGCAAGAUAGAUUUAGUAAUUUAUCUAUAUUAAAUAUUGAAAAAGAUAUAGAAAUUGAUCCCGAGGAACCAAUAGCCGCAGUUGCGACUGAUGGGCGGUGA